CUUGACUUGGUUUUCCUGUGUCAGUCAGGAACAGGGUAGUGUUAGACUCAGAUAUUAGCUGAGGCACACAAUCAGUAGCGCUUCUCAUUCCUACAACCUUCACACCCAGCUAAUUGCACUCUGCAGUUACAUGCUUUGUGGGGCUACAUCAGUUCAGCAUUUUUGUUCACCUUAAAACACAAAAGACGUGCUUUCAUUGUACUUCUGUAAGCCAUUACUAAGUCAUCCAUUUAGCAGCCUUGCAGAAAAAGAUCUAUAUGGGCUGAAGCUACUUCUGUUCCUGCAGGACUGUCAGCUGAUUUCCACUCUAGUCAGAAUCCUCGUGAUUAUACAAAAAAAAUGGAGCCAGAAAACAGCACCUUAGCUUCUGGACUGAAUACACAGUGGGUGGAAUGCACUGUCAGUUUAGAUGAGAAAGCCAGGAAAGUUGUCGUCUUCCUGUUGUACCUCUUCAUUUUUGUGGUGGGACUCAUUGAGAAUCUCAUUGUGGUAUGGGUGAACUGGAGGAAGAGACAUGCCAAGGAAAGUGUCAGCUUCUAUAUCUUAAAUAUGGCCAUUGCAGAUCUUGUCCUCAUUUUGACAGUCCCUUUCUGGAUAAUGGAUGUUGUUCUGGAGCAUGUUUGGCUUUGGGGACGCUUUCUUUGCAAGUUCAUCUAUUUCAUUUAUUUAGUUGAUAUGUUCAGCAGUGUGUUCUUUUUGACAUGCAUGACCAUUGAAAGAUACCGACUAAUGGUCUUGCCAACGCAGGCCUCAAGUACAAAUCAAGAAAGGAACCGUAAGAUCAUUUGUGGCUGCAUAUGGGUUUUAGCUAUAGUUCUAUCAGUGCCAGAAAACAUUCAUGUAGAUUUAAUGGUCUGGGAAGAUGCAGGUUGUUUUUACAUGCCACCUCUAGAUACAUAUGAAACUUGGGUAGUAGUAACUACAUUUCUUACUGUCUUUGCUGGGUUUUUCAUACCAUUUCCAAUAAUUUUGAUCCUGAAUAUUUUAAUUGCAAGAGCUAUUAAAUCUAACAGCAAUCUAAAGAGUCAGAAAUCCUACAAAAUUCUAUAUGCCUAUGUGAUUGCUUUUAUCGUAUGUUGGUUGCCACGGCACAUGAUAAUUUUCCUAAUCGGUGUAGAUGAAGUGCUUUGGAGCCAUUCUUGUAAUGUUGCGAUUGUCUUGUAUUACUUGUACUCAAUUGUUGAAUGCAUCUCCUUGUUGCACUGUGUGCUCAAUCCUAUUCUGUAUAACUUUCUGAGUAAGGGUUUCAGAAAUAACUUACUUAGGUCUGUUGUUAGGUUCGUCCCCAAAGAACAUCUGACCAACAAGAAAGCAAAGGAAUCAUCAACAUCAAGCACUAGGCAUUCUGUGGUCAUAACAUAAGAAGAACUAUAUUUUAAAAAUUGGUGUAUGUAACUGGAUGUUGCUAAGCUAGUGACCUUUGUAAGUAUAAUCUCCAGUUUCAAGAGACAGCAGCUGUAUGCACAAUUCUUUUUUGGGCAAAGUAAGUGGUAUGAAUUGCUUCAUUAUGGGAAAAAUAAUUCUAAUAGUAUUAAGCACAUCUGAUUUUUUUACCCCUUGAUCCUUUAUCCUAGGAUGAUUAUUUAUCUUGCCAGUAGCUAGUUCAUUUAACCUCUUCUUUUGCAUCUCUCCCCAGUUCCUUCCUAGCUUGUCCAUGAUGGACUGAGCAAUGGAUUAAAACUUGGAGAUAUCUGAAGUGGUAGCUUAGCUCUGUGAAGGUCACUAAUCACCUUGUCAGAUAAAGUCUAACUUUCCUCUUUGUUCCUUCCUGCCAUCCUUACAGGAAUGCUGGCCGUGAUCAUGACACUGACCUCUGUACAUGUCAGAAAGUUCCUGCAUUCUGUAUUGAAUAGCGUCUGCUAUACUGUUAAAUCAUAUCACCUGAAUGUUAUUAAGUGCUCUGACUGCACUGGAACAUUGUACCCAUCCACCAUCAAAAUGGGAAGGAGAAUAUGUUUAAAGAUAGUUGUUAGUCCCUUACUCCAAACAUCCUCCAUGGAUACAGGAUCACAACAAAACCUGUGACACUAGCAUAAAAAGGCAGAAGCACCACCACUCUAUUUACUGUGUAAUGGUCACUGUUGCAUUUAAUUAAAAAAAUGUGCUCAAAUGUAAUGCACACUAUAUUUGUAGAUCACUGUACAAAAAUAACAGUCUUACACAAUUUUCAAGCACUGAGUUAUUUCAAGGAAAGAUCAAGGAUUAUGUUAGGGAUGCAUGAUUAAUAUGGGUAGGACUAGUCACUGUAUGGAUUAGAAGGGGGUUGGCAUGAAUAUCAUAGAACAAGGCUGAAUUUUUGGUGCACCACAGUCCCUGGCAUGGCAAGAAGAAUUGGAUUUAUGGAAGGGAUAGGUUAUUUGGGAGAAAGCUCGGAUUUUGCUAGUCAGAACAUGGGGAAAGAGGAGACAGAAUCAGGUCAAGACACGGUUAUGUUAGCUUCUUGUUUUAUAUGUCAGGAAUUCAUAAAGGUUAGGUUAGAAUAGAUAUUGCUUGGGGAUAAAGCAAGGCCUGGUUUUGGGUUAGGGCUCCUCUAAGGUAAGGGAAGCAUGGCUUAUGUUAAGGCAAGUAUGACACGAAUAUAAAUUGUCGCUGCCUUAGUUAAAAUGCUGCACAGUAUGAUUUGUACAUAAGUAAGCAUUAUUUUGGCAGCAGAACAUGCAGGUAUUCAAAGUGGCAGGGCAAGAAUUAUGAAGAGGCAUGACCUCUGAUAUUGUGGGGUGGUUUGGAUUUGGGUUGUAGAAUAACUUAGUAUAAGGAAAGAGAGGUUUUAUAGGGAAUGAGAAGAGAUUUGAUUUAGGGUAAGCCAGGUGCCGGUAUGGGUUAGAAUAUAGUACAAAGUAGUUCAAGCUGGAAGUACUACUUAGAAUAAAAAAGGAGAUGGCCUGGAGUUUGAGGAGAAAUAUCCUGAUACAGGGAAAAUGAAUUACUUGGGUUAAGUUAUUUAAUGGCUUAGUAUGGAGUACAAAUAUAUUGGAUUAAGUUACAAAAUGAUCUGGCAGAAAAAGAAAAGGGAAAAAAAUAAUGUUAUGAAGAAUGUGGUUAGGGUUAAGGCAAGGUAUGGGCCAAGAUCAUUUAAGUCCCAGCUGAUAUGAGAAGUAAAACAAGUUAUGGCCAGAGGUAUCAGGUGUGUCAUUUCUCUAAUGAUGGAGCAUGGUAUAGGUUAACAUGUGAUAUUGUUUGGUGAAGAGAGCCAUUAUCAAACUUAACACUCCUGGUAAAGAGACCCACUUUUAUAUCUUACUAUGUGCAGCUUGAGAAAAAGGAAAUACAUGAUCAUGCUUAAAGCUGAACUUGAUUUUGGAAUAGGAGCAGAUAUGACAUGAAAAAGGAACAAAGUAUGAGACAUAAAUUACAAAAAAAUAAAUAUGAGGCUAGGCAAUGUUGAUAUGCCAUGAGCCAGGACAGAUUUUGGAUUGAGUAUAGGUAGAAAAUUUACUGAAUUAUGACUAACCAGCUGCUGGCCUGGGGUAAGGAAAAUAUGUUAGUGAGAUGAGGAGAAGGACUACCCGAAGCAAGAACAUAUCACAGUUAUGAACUGAACAUAGCCUGGUGUACAGAAAGAUAUAGCCUAAGUUUGGAGAUUGCAAGUCUGAACUGAAGAAAGGAAUGGACUAACUGAAGACAGGAAUGGCCAAAGUAAGAGCAAGGCACUGCCUGGGUUAAGGUAGUGUAUGGCUUAUCUUAACUGAAUACAUGACUCAGAUUAGCACAAGGAGUGUGCAGACAGUCUUUAGAUGUAACAAGUCAUACAUUAAAAUAAAUGUAUGGCUUGGCUUAAGAAAACAGAAAACAUAACAUAGAGGAAGGAAAAGAACAUUUUGAGUUAUUGUGGAGUGCAUAAUUUUGUAUGGUUAGUUAUGAAUAUGGCCAAGACUUUGCCUGGCCUUCACGAAGCAUGAACAGCUUGACUGAGUUAGGUAAGGAGAUGAGUUAAGUCAAAGUCUGACCUUGGAGAAUGAAACAUUAGACUAAGUUAGCAUGCGGCCCACAACAAGGAAAUACAUAGCUUAGGUUAGUAGAACAUUACAUGAUAUAAAAAGGCAUUGCUUGGAUUCAAAGAAAAACAGUGCCAGAUGUAAAUAAGAACAUGGAUUCUGCUAACAUAUGGUAUGCUCCAAGGAAAGUUUUUCUGUGGAUUAAUGUAAAAACAACAAAUCUGUGAACCUGAUUACAAAUUUCCUAAGUAUAGGAAGGACAGGAAAAGAUAAAGUUGUUCACUUCUCAGCCACUCAAAAAAUCAUGCAGCCAUUUGAUGCCUUCCAGUAAUCUUUUAAUUCAGCCAGGGAGGGGGUGGCGUCAUAAGCAGACAUCACUUGGAUUUGUAACGCCUCUAGCUCUCCUUCAGUUUAUGAGGAUUGCCUCCCUGUGCUUGUGCAUAUAUCAAAACAUAUGUUCAAAGAGGCACUAACUUGUGAAUGAAAGUACCGUGGAGCAGUUCCAGAGUACUUAAAUUAGGAUAAAGGCAUACAAAAACUCAAAACUCAUUUUUUAUUUCAGUGUGUUAUACCUAGUUAUCUACAAACAACUAUGCUACACUGACAAUGUCACAGUGAAAUUCUGUAUCCCCUUUGGCAAAUACACAUCACAUGAUUGUGAUAAAUCAGGUAACCAUUUGAUAUUCUAAGACUUGUUAGUGACAGUCCCUAAAUGAGCAUCAAGAAGGCAUGUUUCAGUAAAGUGAACAGGAACCAAUGAGUCUGAAUAGGCUCUAAAGUACAUUACAUCAAAAACAAUCAUACUUUCUAAAGUACAUGCAUCAUAUAUAGGCAGCUUUCAGUACUGCCCUUAAAUAGUGCAAUAAAAGGAUAUACAGGAAAGAUUUUACAGUUAUACUGUCUCAGAAAGUUGAAUAAAAUCUGACAUUUCAGCUGAUAAUCACCCAACAAUUACUUGUGUUCACAUGGGAUGGCUGUAGACUUCAGCUCAACAAGUCUAAUAGUAAAUAUUGUUUUAUGCUACAAGUCCCGCUCUUUGAUAGAAUAUUUUAUGACAUGUGUCAAAGCUGCUGUUUAGAAACUGGUAAACAGUGUACAGGCACAUAAAUAAAAACCAAUGAAUUUGAUUAUGCUGGUAAAGGCAACAUUAUGCAUGAUAUAAAAUUAUUUUUGCAAAACAAUUCUAUAUCUGUGUAGUAUGCAUGAUUCUGCCAAGCAAUGUUUAUAGCCAAACAUUAAAUAAAACGUAUGUACAAGUCUGUGGUCUAUGAGGUUUCUAAACAUUUGUGCAAGGAAUGUAUCUUGUUUCUCUCAAUGGCUUUAAAGUACAGCACCUUGUGACAUUUGCUGCAUUUAAUGAGAUAGUCAUUAUAUCUUGCAGGUAUAUUUGCUUUCAUGGUUCAAAUGAUAUAAGAUACAUGCUUACAGAUGGAAAGAUGUUAUAUUAAUGAUUAAAAAACAAAAGCACUGAACUGGUAACAUUUAAGAUUGGGCCCAUAAACAUGGUGUGGAGUUAAACUGGUAGAACCACAUAUCAGAACCUUGAAUGUUUGAUAAAGGGACCCAUGCACAAUGGAGUAAUAACAUAAAAUACAACCAUGUAUAAAGAGAAGUCCAGAUAUGCAGGGUAUAUCCAAAAGGGGAAUCAGUAGCAACGUCCAUGACUCAUAAGCCUGUGAAUUGUAGGCUAUACUGUGGAGUAGAGAUAGGCGACUAGAGAGAUGUAGUUGUGAAUAUUCACUGCAAACCGCUGCAGCUCAGCUCCUGAAGUGCAAAACAUGGUGAUGUGCUACUCAGCACAACAUAGCAAUGACAUUAUCAUUAGAUUGGAAUGACAUUGGCUAAAACACAGCUUUUAAUAAUUGGAUGCAGAGGCACAUUCUUGUGCAGACAGACUACACACAAACACACAGCCACAACCACAACUGUCCCACCCUACAUACAGUGACACAGCUGAGCUCCCAUCAAUGGGAACACUUAGUCAACUUGAUCCUCAUUACUAUAUAUGUCAGAGCUGUGCAAUCUGAAGUUAUGGGCAUGGAGGUAAACAGUUUCAAGAAUUACUUUUACCCAUGAUUUGUAAUAAGCUAAUUUUUUUUUAUGAAUCACACAUUUCUAUAACUGUGGAUGAAUGCAUAUGGCAGUGAUCUGCAGAAGACUUUCUCUCAUGCCCCCCUGUGCUGUUUGCUGGCCACCCCCUUAAAAAAAAUAGACACACACUGUGGUGUACAGUCUGCACCUUUAAUGUGCUUAAUAUGAUCACCCCCUACAGGCAAACAAAGCAUUUAUAACCCUCUACUAAUGCAUAUUAUACAUAAAUGUGUGAUUCAUGGAAAUAUUGUGUAGCCAUGUCAUUAAUGUGAUCCAUGUUUUUGCCAUGCUAAUGACAUGACCUCAUACUAAACACUGUGCGCACAACUGUUUUACCUGAGUGCUUAAUAUGUUUAUAAAUAUGGUGGUAAAACUUUAAUAACCAAUUUAUAAAUAAAUACAAUAAGCAUUUGAACAGUUGUGUCCUUUAGGUCAUAUAAAACAAAAUGUUAGAAUGUGUAAUGAAAUUUCAGAUAGUACUGAUUUAAUGAUCCCAUACUACUUUUUUUUAACUUUAAUAUAACAGACCUCCAUCAUGAAAAUGAAAUGCUUAUUGAAUUUUGCAAAUUUAUUACUUGUUUUUUUAAGAUGUCCAUUAUUUGAAGUUAUUGGAUAUGCCUUUAUAUGCAUGUGUGCAUUUUGCUUCUAAAGAAUAUAUAGGCUUAUUUAGUUAAUUUUGAAAUUUUACAUAGGAUGUAACCUAUUUUGCACUCUGUUGGUCAAAUGUAAUGCACAGCAUAUUUGUAAUUAUGCUUUUUUAAACACCCUUACUGAUUGUUAUACACACCUUAGGUUUGAAAAGAUGACUGUGUAUGAUUAGAAUUUUUGGCUUUGUUAGUCUACAAGUCUGAUGGUCAUAGUAGAACAACAUUAUUUAGAAAAUCAGUUAUUAUUAGCUUUCUAACAUAUAGAUGUGCUCAUCUAAAUCAUAUUAAAAAUAAUGUCCAUACAAGUCAGCUUUUAUGGGUGAUGUACAAUACAAAAUAGUUUAGGGCUAAUAUGAAAGAUUAUUUUCUUAAGAUAGAUUGCCCUGAAUAAAUACUGGAAACUACUGCCUCUCCUGUCUGUGUAUAGUUAAAAUGGAAUACUUUAUGCCAUGUGUUCAGCCUGGUGAGGUUAUUGAAAUGCAUCCUUCAGAUUUCAAGAGCGAUGACAUAUAAUUUGUGCUGAGAUAUUCACCUGUUCAUACAAUGGUUGAGAAUGUAAUUAAGAAUAAUUGGUCUUUGCUUCUAACCAACUACAAGGUUGCUACAGUGAUGGCUGAUUGUCAAUGUUUUUCUUACAAGAGUUACACAACUUAAAAGAGAUUGUUAAAAGUAAUAUUAGCAAACAAGACAGUUUUAUCAAAUUAAAAUGCACUUUUAUAUCUUAUUUAUGUCACACUUGCAAAUAUAUGGAUGUGCAAAGAAAUGUUUACAUCUGGAUAUAGAAAAAAGUGUUUUAUAUAUGGUCACUGCAUAUCAAAUGUGGUGCUUAUAUGUAGGAAAGAUGGACAGACUGUUACUUAUAUAUAUUACAGAACAUCUUCAAGCUAUACAGAAAAGUGAUUAUAGCAAUACCCUAUGCACACACAUGCAGGAUUCUGAUCUUAAUUGUAGUUAUGUUUUUUUUCAAUUUUUAUUUAAAAAUACUUUUUCUGGAAAGUAUUUAGAUCUGUUAGCACAUUCAGAGUCAAGGUGGUAAUGUGAAUUAAAUGUGUCUUGGGGAAGAUGUUAAAUUAUUCUUUUUCCAUCAAAUCUUUCCUAUAACUAAGAGGAAUUAGCCAAGACUAAGGUUCAGAUACUGUCUGUUAUUACAAAGUAAGUGAUCUGUUUGCAUACAGGAGUAUGUCACAUAUUGCAGCUUUUUUACUUCAUGUGACUUUUAGAAAGACACAUCUGUUCAAAAGCUUAUCUUGCUCAAUUUGUGUAUUGGUUAUUAAAGUUUUAAAUAGUA